GAAACAUUUAAAUGUAAAGUUUAAACUCAAGACAGUUUGUGAAUACACAAGGUGCUCGAAACAUGAAAUUCUUGGCUUUGUUUCUACUUGUUGGGGCAGUUAUUGGAUGUGUUCUCUCGGAGGAGUGUCACACGCUUCUCUCCUGCGAUCAUCUCACCUGCGCGGGCGACUGGACGCUUGAUUGCGUUCAACACGAGUGCACAUGUACUCACACAAACGCUGCAUCAUGCAUCACGACUGCUGACUGUCCAGCCUGCACUGACGGCCAUGAGCAUUGUGUGGACAACAAGUGCCGCUGUGGUUUUCGUGACCACAGUCAGGGAUAACUGGCUCAUGUUUGAUGUAUGUAAUGCGUGAAUAAACUGUAGAUUCAGA